AUGCCACCCGCAACAGAGAAGCCCCUUGUCGUGGCCAUGUCCCUGCCCGGGGCGGGCCACACCAUCCCCGUGAUGCGCGCGGCCGCCCACCUCGCCUCGCGCGGCUUCGAAGUCUGGUACGUCACGGCCGCCGAGUUCGAAUCCUCGGCGCGGUCCUCGGGCAUCGCCCGCUUCUUCCCCUCCCCGAGCCCUUUCGUCCUGCACCCGGACCUCAUGGCCGGCUACGCGGACCUGCCCGAGGGACCGGCGCGGCUGGACCACGUAUUCCGCAACGUCUUCCUCCGCGGCACGAAGCACUACGCCGACGCGCUGCGCACCGCCCUCGAGGCGGCCAGGGGCGAAACGCCCGGCAGGAGCGUCGUGGUGCUGCAGGACAUGUUUGCGGGCGGGGCGCUGCCGUUCAUCCACGGCGCGCCGCCUCCGCGCGGCUACGAGGACGACGGCUUCCCGCCCGUCGUGUCGCUCAACGUGUCGGUGCUGUUUUGCACCAGCGCCGACGCGCCGCCGCUCGGGUUCGCUGUCGACCCGGUCGGGCGCGAGGGGGAGGAGAUGCUGAGGCUGCACGCGGAGUUCGACGCCGGCACCGCAGAGACGCGCGCGAUGCUGAACCGGAUCCUGGGCGAGAUGGGGUGCACGAGGCGGGUCGACGCCCUGGCCGAUGCGUGGCUGGAGGGUCCGGAUUUGACGCUGCAGCUGUGCAGCCCGGGGCUGGAGUACAGGAGGCGAGACCUCAGUCCCAAGAUCAGGUUCGUCGGAGGCCUGCCGCUUCCCGAGGGCAAAGGCGGCGAGCUUCCAGACUGGCUUCGGGAUCAUGUGGAGGCUCAACGCGACGCGCAGGCGGACGGCCAGACAAAGCGAAAGACGCUCGUGUUUGUGACGCAGGGCACUGUGGAUAUCGACCACAGCGAGCUGCUUAUACCUGCUCUUCAGGGACUGGGCGCCAGGGAUGACCUUUUUAUCGUUGGGGUCCUCGGGAAAAAAGGUGCCAGGCUCCCGGAGAGCGUGGAGAGCAGCUUGCCCUCUGCCAAUGUCAAGGUGCUGGACUACUUUUCUUACAAUGAUAUUUUGCCGCAUGCAGAUGUUUUUAUUACAAAUGGCGGCUACGGCGGCUUCAUGCACGGAGUGAUGAACGGGUCUCCCAUGAUUAUCGCCGGGACGAGCAACGACAAAGCCGACGUGGCGAAUCGCAUGGAAUAUGCAGGGCUGGGAAUAAAUCUCAGAACAGCGAGACCGACUCCCGAGCAAAUUUCUGCUGCUGUCGAUCAGAUUUUGUCGGAUAGUUCCUACAAACAAAGGGCUCUGGAAAUUAAAAAGGAAAACGAAGAAAUGGAUUCCUUUGGGAGGAUCGAGAAAGCCGUGCUGGAAGUCGCACGCUGA